GCAAAAAAAGGAAAAGGAAACUUUACUGUUUAAUUUUUCUUCGUUCUUUUCAUAUAUUUUGUAACUAGAGAACUCUAGUAUACUACUAGAUCCUCUGCCGUGAAAUCUAACAAUGGCGGCGCUCACCGGGAACGGGGAAAUCCUAAUGCUGGAGGCAGCACCGGAAGCUUCAAAGAAGUGGACGCACUCUACAAAUGCAGAAAUAGUAGACGCGUUGCCUUACAUAGACGAUGAGUACGGAAACCCUAGCAUUAAAGCAGAGGUCGAUCGUCUUGUUGAAGAAGAGAUGCGUAGAAGCCAUAAGAAGCCAUCUGAUUUCUUAAAAGACUUGCCUCCUUUACCUACUUUCACUUUCGAGAACUAUCCAAUGCUUGGUAAAGAAUAUGAACGUGUUAGAGCUGGAAAGCCUCCAGUUACUCUUGAUUUUUCAAGAUAUUCUCAUUUGGAUUUGCCGUCUGCAAAUAAAAUGAAUGAUGAAACUGCUUGGAAGCAAGCACUUCAAAGAGGACAACGUUUGUUACAACAUCAAGUCAUCAGGCUGGAAAAUUUGGAACUGAUGUCAAAAUAUGGUCCAGAUGUUUGGAUACAACACAACCGCACAUUAGAAGCAAUGCUAUCGAGAAUGCAAAAACUGGCUCAGGAGCAAAAUGAAAAAAUUGAAGCGGUGAACCGCGAAAGAAAAUAUCAUCAGCAAAAUACUGCUUAUGAGCUGAAUGCUUUAUCUAUGCAAUGGAAGGAGCUCUGCCUAAAAAAUAUAGAAAUUCAAGCUGCAUGUACUAAAAUUGAAAUGCAGAUAGAGGAAUUGAAGAAAGAAGCUGCAGAGAGAAGCUGGAAUUUGGAAGCUAAUGCAGAGAAUGGUUCUUUAUUACAUUGAAAAUAACGAGGCUCCAUAACCAGAUGUAGAAAAGUGGGGUUCCAUUCAUGAAAACAAACAAUCCAAAUUGAUGGAUUUUGCUGGUUGGUUUGAUUUUAUAGUGGAGAGAUUUGGCAUGUGCUUGGAAUUUUGUGGUCUCAUGCAUUGUUUCUAGCUCAAAGUCAAUUCCUUUGUAGGCCUGGGAACUGGUGUUAUACUUGGAUUACAGUUCUUGCUGUGUUUCCUGGAAUAUAGACAGGCACAGGCUCUUCCUAUUCUAGUUAGAGACAGAUAUGUGUGGAUCAUUUUUUUACCUUGUUACUUUUUUCUUUAGGACUAAAUUUUGGGCAAUAUAUGUAGUAAAAUAUAAGUGUUGUAGAAUCAGUUAACCUCUUGCAAAUCUUAUGUUUAUCCUAUGCUUUUGCCACUGCAAUGUUGAGAAAUUGGAGAAGCCUUUUUAUUUUCCUCA